UCUUAUCCUCAUUUGUGAAUUUUAGGCAGCCUCUCCGCCAUAUAUACACCACGGAACCCAAAUUAUCAUGGCUUUCUCGCUAUACGGUGGUGGAGGUGGCGAAGUUGGCUAGAGUAAGGCUCUACAAGAUGAGGUUGUGGGUGAGUGAGGGGAGAAACAGGGAGGAGGCGGAGGAAGUCUUUGUGAUUACGAGGUGAUUGAUGCUACGACAGCGGUUGAUCUAAAGGCAAUACAACAAGAGAAAAGGUAAAACAACGUUGUUGGAGAGGAUGUUCAGAGAGAAGUAGAAGAAGGUGUUCGAUAGUAAGAGAGGGAGGUGCCCGGGGAAGAACGGACUUGUUGCUGCUGGCGGCGGCGAGAAACAUGUUCCUCACUCUCAAAUGCAUUGGAGACAACUGGUCACCAACAAUCCAUCCAUGCUGGCCUGGUUGACUAGUUCAGUACUUCUGUCAGGAGAUUCGCCAUCAUCAUUUGAGUGAGUUCACCUUUACUCUAUCUAAUCACCACAAUCAAGUUAAUUUCGAGGCAGAGCCAGAUCAUAUAUUAUCGACAAAAGGAUCAGUUAACUCCCAGGUGUAAAUGUGUAAUCAAAGUGUCUUUCUAGCUAGGAUCCUUUUUCAAAGGUUUCUCGUGCUAGCUGCUGAUAAGUCAUAACUUCAGAACUGAAACUAUUAUGAACCAUGGUCUUGUUAAGUCAUGUUUGGAUUGAUAUAAUCUACCUUUACACAUCCCCAAAGGUGGUAGCAGACAGCAUUAACGAACUGAAUCACUUGGAUUGAAAGCCAUGGAGCAAGCACACAUGAUCCAUCUCGUUGCCACGCCAGAUAUACAAGUAGAUAUAGCUUAAUGAUCACCACAAUAAUCAACUUAAUGAUAUGGAGAUAGAAUAUUCCCAACUCCUAGCAUUUUUGACAAGGAUCUGUUAGCUUCCUGGUGUAAUCAAAUUGUCUCUUUAGAUAGCGUGUGUUAGGGGACGCACUUACGGGUGGUGAUUGUAGUGUGCGUGUGUGUCUUUCGUGUAAUCGUAAAAAAAAAGUCUUUCUAAGAUCUUUUUAAAGGUUUGUUAUGCUAGCUGCCCAUAACUUUUGAACUUAAAUUCAUAUAACCAUGUCCUUAUUAUGUCAUGUUUGGAUUGAUCCACCUAGCUUUACACAUCCCCAAGGGUAGUAGCAAACAACAUUUACUAACUGGUGAAUCACUUGGAUCAAAAGUUUUGGAGCAGAGCUACACAUGAUCAACAAUCCGUAAUCCCGUUGCCACGCCAGAUAUAUCUCGAGCCAACGAAGCUCCUCUCACGUACACCAUAGGGACAUAUAUCUCUCUGACGUGUGGGUCUAUUGGGGUGAGCCUCACGUGUCAGAGACGACUUAUGUCCCUCUGACUUUACGUUAGAGGAGCCUCUUCCAUCUCGAGCCAGCUCAUAUUGAUUAUCCAAGUUCGUAAGUUUUUCUAAAACUUUUUCUACCUAACUCAUGUAUCUCCAAAUCAUGCUGUUGAAAAGAUAGCUUAAGCUAAGCUCGAACGAUCACGCAUGAUGAUCGAUGUUCAGAGCUUUGUGUGCAGAGGUGGAAGAACUAGCUUUUGUGUGCUUUGGCGGUUUGGCCAUGCAUGCAUGCAUGCGUGCUUCCCACGUGAGCUCGCCGGAGCGGGAGCACGGCUAGGUGCAGUGACGUGUGUCCACUCCCCGUUGAUUUGAUUUGUCUCGUAGCUGCAGCAACAACCGCCUUGGCCUCAUGCUUCCCCGGCGAGCCACCAGCUGCCAAUCCGGCCAGCUAUUUAACAGCGCCAUCGAUCGAUCGAUCGCCAGCUGCAGCGAGCGUUUCGAUCGAGAUCGAGAUCGAGGUGGGCGGCGGCAAUGGCGAGCAGCGGGGCGGUUGCGCUGAUGAUGUUCCACACGAUGGAGCGGGAGCUGUUCUGGCGGCUGGUCGGCGAGCACGGGCAGCAGCCGGGGCCGAUGAGGUGGGUGAUCGCGCUGUGGCUGUGGCUCGAGUCCGUCGGCCACCACGACUUCGUCCGCCGCGUCGCCGUGCUGCCGGCCCCCGUCGUGCUGCGCUUCGUAGACGAGGCGCUGGCGUGCCUGGCGCGGCUGCCGCGGCGGCGAGGGGUCGCGGGCGGGGCGGAGCGGCGGCUCGCGGCGCUCGCCGCCGCCGGGGACGCCGACCCGGCGCUCCGCUUCCUCCCCUGCACCAACGCGCUCCUCGCCGAGCCCGUCGAGGGCCUCGCCUACUUCGACGCGCACCGCGACGAGGUCAUGGAGGGCGUCAGCGACGUGUACAGGAACGUCUGCCGCGUCAUCUUCGACGACGGCGUCGCCGCCGCCGUCGCCGCCGCCGACGACGACGACGACGCCGAAGCCGCCGCGUUCCUCCCCCGCGACGUGCUCGACGCGCUCGACGGCACACCACCACCACCGCCGCCGCCGCCGAUGUACCACCAGUACCACCACCACGCCGUCCACAUGGCCCCGAUGCUGCCGCCGCCGCCGCCGGUGGCCGAGCUGAACCCGAUGGCCUCGCCAUGGUUCCCGGUGCAGCAGCAGGAGCAGCCGCCGCCGCCGCCGCCGCAGCCGCACCAGCAGCACGGCUACAUCCCAUUGCCGGAGGACUACCGCUCGCUGUUCAUCACCUUCUCCCGCGGCUACCCGAUCAGACAGGACGACAUCAUCAACUUCUUCAACUCGUUGUACGGGCCGUGCGUGGAGUCGGUGAUGGUGGAGAAGGCGGCGGCGGGGCAGCUGCCGGUGUACGGACGGGUGGUGCUCCGGUGCCCGUCGAUGAUCCCGGUGGUGCUCGACGGACAGCAGACGGCGAAGUACAUGAUCAAGGGGAGGCACCUCUGGGCCAGGAUCUACGUGCCAAGCUCCAAGCCCAACUGAACUGAACUGAACUGAACUGAAUACUACUACUACAUAUGCAUGAAUGCUAUACACUUACGCUGAUAUAGUAUCAUCAAGCUGCAGCCAGAGCUAUAUUAUCAUAUAUAAUCACAUGAAUUAAUUAAGUAUGUGUUUAGCUAUACUAGCUCAGAGAGAGACAAGUGUUGAUCCAUGUAUGAUCUGUUGAUGUUUGUGUGUUAGGCAUGCAUGUCCAAGCAUACUACCCUAUCUAGAGCUUUGGACAGAGCUUAAUUGCAUGUUUUGCUAGCUUGUCUCUCAUGGAAUAAAUGUGUGUCUUUCAUCAUCAGUCUAUCGAUGUUUGUAGCUUGUGCA